AUGUCGACAUUGACGAUAAUCGAGUACCAAGAGGAUCUAGCUUUGUUCCUCACCGAAGGAGAUGGAGAAGAGUCAGACAUGUUCAAAAUUUCUUUGCCAUUAAUACGCUGGCUAGUCCUUCGGCAAUUAAUUCCUCAGAAAGUCCAUGUGAUCGUAAAUAAUAUUAAAAGAUUGAGCGUCUCAAGAGAAAAUAUAUAUGAUUCAGAACUAUAUCGAAUUGGCUCAUCGGUUUUACAAUUACCGGUCAGUGGAAUACAUAGUAUUAACGGUCGAAAUCAAUACAAAUAUAGCGAUAUUGUUAUCAGUUCGUUCAAAAAUCCUACGGUUGUUCUCGAGUAUUGGCAACAGCAAUACGGAACGAGCUCGAUGAAUAUUUUGGACGAGCUCUUAAUUUCUCUCAACAGGUGA